ACUCAAGACAUUACAUCUGGCUGUCAUCAAGAGAGUUGUUUUUGAUUGAUUUUGCUUUGUCUGAUUGGGUACAGGAGUGAGUCACUCAACCAGUCUACACCCAUACACCACAGAAGCAACCUCAACCCUUAAACACAGGUCAGAGUCCCAUACUUGGCAUGUGGCAGAGAACUGCUCCCAACAAGAUGUGGCUGAUUUCCCUGAUUUUUUGCUACUUUAUUGCAUUCGCAACUCAGGAGCCACAGUCCUCAGCACCUGUAGUGGAUACUGAAUAUGGGAAAGUCCAGGGCAAACAAGUGAUUCUACAAGAAUUUGACAAAUCAGUCAAUGUUUUCCUGGGAGUUCCUUUUGCCAAAGCCCCUCUCGGACCCUUGAGGUUUGCUCCACCCCAGCCCCCUGAGCCCUGGGACGAUGUGAAGAACACUACUACGUACCCACCCAUGUGUACCCAGAAUCCAAUUGCAGAGGAGUUUAUGUCAAAACUUACUGGGAAUAUGAAUGGAAUUUCCUUGAAAAAUUCUGAAGACUGUUUGUACCUGAAUAUUUACACCUCAGCUGACCUGGCAACAAAGACUAAGUUACCUGUGAUGGUGUGGAUCCACGGAGGGGGUUUAUUGGUGGGUGAUGCUUCAACUUUGGAGGGGUCAUACCUCUCAGCUGUUGAGAAUGUUGUUGUGGUGGCCAUUCAGUAUCGUCUGGGAAUCUUUGGAUUCUAUAGCACUGGAGAUGAACAUGCCCGAGGAAACUGGGGUUACUUAGAUCAAGUGGCUGCACUCCAAUGGGUUCAGAAGAACAUUGUCAACUUUGGAGGAGACUCAAAUUCGGUGACGAUUUUUGGUGUGUCAGCAGGAGGUGUCAGUGUUUCAGCAUUGGUUCUUUCUCCUUUGACGAAAAAUCUCUUCCACCAAGCCAUUUCCCAGAGUGGUGUUGCUCUUAUGGAAUGCCUAUUCAGUUCUAACAUCAAAUCAACAGCUGAGAAAAUUGCAGCCUUUGCUGGAUGUAAAACAACUACUUCAGCCAGCAUGGUUCACUGUAUGCGGCAGAAGACAGAAGAAGAGAUCUUGAACACAACUCAAAAGAUGGAGCUAAUGAGCAUGGAUUUCAUGGGAGACCCCACACAGAAAAUUAUGUUCUUACCUGCAGUAGUGGAUGGGAUAUUUUUCCCCAAAAGUCCCAGAGAGCUCCUCGCUGAAAAGCAGUUCAAUCAUAUCCCCUAUAUCGUGGGAUUCAACAGUGAUGAAUUUGGCUGGAUUUUUCCAAAUAUUACAGGAUAUCCUCUAUCAGGAGACAGACUGGACCAAGAAACAGCAACAGCUCUAUUGUGGAGCUCCUACCCAAUUGUUAAAAUCCCCAAAGACCUUACUCCUGUGAUAACUGAGGAGUAUCUUGGAGUAACAGAAGAUCCUAUCAAAAAGAAAGGCCUAUUUCUGGACAUGAUGGGAGACUUGAUGUUUGGGAUUCCUUCUGUAAUAGUGGCUCGUCUUCACAGAGCUUCAGGUGCACCUACCUAUAUGUACCAAUUUCAGCAUAGACCAAGAUUUUGGGGAGACCUGAAACCAGUGACAAUAAAGGCAGACCACGGGGAUGAAUUUUUAUUUGUCUUUGGGAUUCCACUCUUAAAUGAAGGUUUUCCAGAAGAGGAAAAGCAACUGAGCAGGACAAUGAUGAAAUAUUGGGCCAACUUUGCUCGAGAUGGAAACCCCAAUGGUGAAGGCCUACCAAAGUGGCCUGUCUAUGAUCAGAAUGAAGAGUACCUUCAAAUUGAUAUCACCAUGAAGACAGGCAAGAAGCUAAAGGAGAAGGAAGUGGCAUUUUGGACUGAGCUCUUAUCAGAGAAGCCAGUGGGAGUGAAGAGAGAGAUUACAGAACUAUAAUUUGAAAAGAUCUAUUUCUCUUUCACAAGAAGCUUCCAUGAAACUUGAUGAAACUAUCUUUCAGACCUCCACUGGGUGUCAGGUUAUUUGGUGGUGAGGAAUCUUUUCUACAUGAAGGUGGAGGGGAUGACAUUGUUCUAGGGACAAAUGGAACCAGCUAAAUAUCAACAUGUUGGUUAAUUACUGGGAGUUAGUGGCCCAUAGUUCUUGAACAAUGGGAAAUUAUAAGAUUGCUUUCUUUUCAGAAUGCUCUGAACAACUAGCUUUCCUUGGGUGCAGUUGACCAACGAUUGUGGUAAAUGAAAUUCUCGUUGUGAUUCUUGUUACCUUUGCCGAGAUUUUAGUCUUAUUCAUAAAGAUAAAUAAGUCCCAGCUUGAAAUAAAAUUUAGUCCAUAUAUGAGUUCUAA